GUGUGUGUAGUGUGUGUGUGUAGUGUGUGUGUGGCGCUCUUCGGUGACAGACGCUAGCUUUCACACUAAACAAGGAAGUGGAUGAUACGUCGCCACACUGACGGCAGAAACAGACAGAAAGUCGUCGUCUUUUGUGUUCCGAGACUCCUGUUUUUCCCAUCUUGCUCCGGUGCUCUGUGUGUCAGCCAUGUUUCCCCCUGCUGUGGACCUCCUAGCAGCUUCCUGUGAGAUGGAGAUGAGCCGAGGAGGCACUACCACAUCUGCAUGCACACAGUCAGCCUGCUCAGCGUGAGCCCUCAACAGAUUCCCCUCCCCGUAACCGUCAGUACUAAAGCAUCUAAACAUGGCAGCUAUUCCUCCUGGGAUCCGCCUGCUGGUGUCCUUCAACAGGGACCAGUGGUACAGAGCUCUCACCUUUAUGCUGACCUUCCUGCUCUACACCAGCUUUCACCUCUCCAGGAAACCUAUCAGCAUCGUCAAGAGCGAGCUCCAUAAGAACUGCUCAUCCGUCAGUGAGUUAGCCACCAUGGCCUCCAGCAGCAGCGGCGGCGGCGGCCAGCAGCCCUCCCUGCCGUCUCUCCACACAGACGUUGACUGCAGCUGGAAACCUUUCGAUAAGAGGAACUACAAACAGCUGCUGGGAGCCAUGGACUACUCCUUCCUCUGUGCAUAUGCAGUAGGAAUGUACCUCAGUGGAAUCAUCGGGGAGCGCCUGCCCAUCCGACUGUACUUGACAUUUGGCAUGUUGGCCAGCGGUCUGUUCACCUGCCUGUUUGGACUGGGUUACGUCUACAACAUCCACAGCCUGGGCUUCUAUGUAUUUGUCCAGGUAGCUAACGGUUUGGUCCAAACCACUGGCUGGCCCAGUGUAGUGACCUGCAUCAGCAACUGGUUUGGAAAAGGAAGGCGUGGACUCAUCAUGGGACUGUGGAACUCGCACACCUCAGUGGGAAACAUCCUGGGCUCUCUGAUCGCCGGAUACUGGGUCUCCUCCAACUGGGGAAUGUCUUUCAUCGUACCGGGGAUCAUCAUCGCAGCCAUGGGCGUCGUCUGCUUCCUCUUCCUUAUUGAGCAUCCAAACGACCUGAAGAGCAUACACGCUCAAAAUUCAUCACCGACUACAAGUGUCCCAACCAAGUGUUGGAACGGUGUAAACGGACAGACUGAGAUGUAUCUGCAGUACAAAGACAAAACUCAGGCCCACUACUAUUUCAUGGAUAGUGUUCAAAACAGGAAGAGUUACGACACAGAGCUGCUGUUACCGCGAGACAGCGUGUGUGUCCCCGUGCAGCCGGUCGUGGUGGUGAAGAGGGAGUCUGAGCCGUCUGCCAUCAGCUUCAUGGGAGCUCUACGGAUACCAGGAGUGAUCGAGUUCUCUUUGUGUCUGCUGUUUGCCAAGCUCGUCAGCUACACCUUCCUCUUUUGGCUGCCGCUCUACAUCACUAAAGCAGCUCACCUAGAUGCAAAGAAGGCUGGAGAUCUGUCCACCCUGUUCGACGUGGGAGGAAUCGUGGGAGGGAUCCUGGCAGGAGUGAUUUCUGAUAAACUGGGGAAGAGAGCCACCACGUGUGCAGUUAUGUUGCUGCUAUCGGCUCCCACGCUGUACGGCUUCUCCAUGAUCAGUGAGUUCGGUUUGGGCCCAACCAUCGGCAUGCUGUUAGUGUGUGGAGGUCUCGUCAAUGGACCGUACUCACUCAUCACCACUGCAGUGUCCGCUGACUUGGGGACCCACAAGAGCCUAAAAGGCAACGCCAGAGCUUUGUCUACGGUAACCGCCAUCAUCGACGGCACAGGAUCUGUAGGAGCUGCACUGGGCCCCCUGCUGGCUGGGCUGCUGUCUGCAGGAGGCUGGGAUCGGGUCUUCUACAUGCUGAUGACGGCUGACUUCUUCGCUCUGUUGCUUCUGUUACGGCUCGUCACCAAGGAGCUGUCCUCGUCUAAAUCCCGUCCCAUCUCCACCGUAGAGUUGAAGGAGCACUGAGCACUUUGAAUAGACAAACACACACACACACACACACACACACACACACACUGUGCAUUAAAACCACUAGUCUAAGCCUGAAAUGGACUGUGUGUCAGACAAAAAAUGGACUGUCACUGACACGAGACAUGGACCUUAACCAUGCACACACACAUGCACGUGUAAGUGUGUGUGUGUCUGUGUGUUUGUGUGUGUGUGUGUGGAGAACCAAAACAGACCUGCAGCUGAUCACUGGAGUCUGGAGGAUUUACCUGCACAUCCUGUACAUGCACACAGAAAUGCACACCUGCUCUGUGCGGACAGAUUAGAAGUGGAACACACUACCUGCUCGGUCUUCUCAGAGGAUCGACGGACAUAAAAAAACUGGCCUUACCUUGAUGUGUAUAUUAGGACUUUAAACUACAAGUGACGAUUAUUUAUUUUGAAACCUUUGAAACAGCAACUUCCAUCACGCCCAUUUCUUUUAUGGAUUCUUCUGACUUAUUUUAUUGUUAUCCAAAACCUUACAUGGUGAUCAAAAGUGUGGUUCAUGUUCUCCAUAGGGGAUUGGAUUAUUAGCCAUGAUGUCAUAACCAUCACAGGUAGACUGACCAAGAGCCAUCUGAAUGUGAAUCGAGGGUUUAUGCUCCUGUAGAAGACACAAGUUCUGAAGUCUCAGAAUAGUACUUCACUACCCACAAUCCUAGAGUGUGACAGCUAAGUCUCUGAUUGGUUGUUACCAUGGUAAUGUUUACCGCCCCUCCAAACUUUCGGCUGUCAGCUCCUACUGAAGUUUAUAAACAGUAUAUACAGUAUAUCAGAAAAUUAUUAGAAACAAUAUACACACUACACUAAAGAUUUAGAAAGAUACGUUCAGAUUGUUGAGGAAACUUUUGGUGUUGGUUGAUUUUGGCGCCCCCCUGUGUACCGAUGAGUACCUCUUAUUUCAAAAUUCUGAUUUGUCCUGUACAUGUUAGUUUUGGGGCUUUUUUAUUUUAUGCUGUUAUUUAGAGAUCGAGGAGAGAGAGCUGGGAAUGACAUGCGGGAAAGGAGCCACAGGUCUGAUUCGAACCUGGGCUGCUCGCUUGGAGGCCUCCAUACAUGGAGCGCGCACACUAACCACUACCCCACUAGCGUGCAUCAUAUGUGACCUUUGAGCUCAAAACCUGCAAAAUCUAGAAAUCUGUUUCUGAUAUUCUGCGUAAUAAAUGUACGUAACAGUGCCCUCUAAAAGAUCUUCUUUUCCCCCUUUCAAAUAUAAAACUGAAAGAAUCCUGUGGACCAAGAGUCAAAAGUGAGUCAUGCUUUUGUAGACCGCCAAACCCCCCACCCCCUCUGUGCUGUGAGGAAGUUGCUGUUUCUCAGUGUCACCUUCGCCUUACUGAACCAAAGAGAUUGUGGUGAUCAUGUAGUAAUUUAAAAAGUUUAUAUUUUUUAAGUUGUUCUUGUCGGCUUUGUGGUGAUUUUUUUUUUUCUCAUCUGUUUUGAACUGAAGGCACCAAAGUUGUAUUUUUAUAUCUAAUCUGAUAAAUGAUGUGUUUCUGCUGUGUCAAUGGGUGAGAGAUGUUAUGAAUGUAACUUUAUAUAUUUUUAAGUGCAAUGUUGUUCAGUUGGUGUUUAAAUUAUCUCUCUCUUUAUAUAUCAGUGAUCCUGUGGGCUUAGACCAUGUUUGAAAUGGUAACUUAACUUAAAUAAAACAGUUUAUUGGUGA